AUCCUUUGAAUUAAUCGCUAACCAGUUUAGUAUCUUUCGAGUUUGUUUUCGUACAACACAAAUUAUUUUAAUUGUAUCUAUUAUCUGUAAUAUAAAUGCCAGCAAGUGCAGCGAUUGUUUCACUUUAAAAUAAACUUGCCACGAUGAAGUUGCUCGUGCUGGUGGUAUUUUUGCAACUGUUAGAGAUAAAAUGUCAGUGCGAUCAGGACAACGAUGUCUCUGUCGACUUGAGCUCUCAAGAAGCGAACUCGUCUGGAGAUUCAUCUGUCGAGUGUAAUGAGCAUGCGUUUGAGGAAGUUAGUCCUUGUAAUGCUAAUCCAUAUUGUCAGAGAACGUGCGAAAAUCACACCGAGGAUCCAGACGCUUUUCCGCUCCCCUGUCCACGUUCUAGAUCAUGCAUACGGGGCUGCGUCUGCAAAAAGGACUACGUCAGAUCUGAAUUGCAUGGGCCCUGUGUCCAUUUUACCAGAUGUCCUCGUGUUAGACACUAAUUUGUUCUUUUUUUUUUAUUUCUGCCUUACGCCGACUAAAAAACCAAUUUAUAUAUCAUAUUAUAUAUCAAUAUUGAUUUUAUAAUAAAUGCCAGUUUAUUAAUCAAUUAAAUAUUUUAUAU